AUGGUGCCCAAUGGCCCAGCUGGCAACCGCCCAGCACAGGACGAGGAACUGCCUGAACUCAACGAAUGUAGUGGGCCUAAGCGGGUUGUAUUGUCUUUGUCUAAUAUAACAUCUCGGCUUUCUACAGCAACAGGGGGGUGGGGCAAGUGGUUGCUUAACUCUGCGUCAGACUUCGUCUCGGAAAUCGGCGUAGAAUCCGAAGGCGCGAAGAAUGACUUCAAGGACAUCUGUCAAGUGAUUGCCCCUGACUCGACACCUUGGAUUCCACGACACAGACGAAACUGUCCCACAAAUAAAUCAUCUGGGCAGCUUAGCCCUGAUGGUGCCAACCGUAGGAGCACUGACGAAGACAGCAACCACAGCAUCGGCGCCACCAGUGUCUGCAGCAGCAUUGUCAGCAACAGCUCUUGCGAGGAGCAGAGCAGCGGCAGCAUUUGCUGCGAGCCGUCUCCUUUAGAUGAUACUCUUACUUGUGUAGGCGGAACCGAGGCCUCUGUUCCAUCAUGCCGUCACUCAGCUUGCACACAAAACGAAACUUCGAGGGAUGGCGCACCAGAAAAACCGAAUGUGUGCAUCUUGGGGGAAAACGCAGAGACGGGUGUGCCUACUUGGAGGGCGGAUCCAGCAAUCAGGCGUCUCUUUGGGCUAUUAUCGAUGUCCGAUGCUUCCUUCAUUCCAGGUCCGGUGACCUCGUUACCCAGUUGCUGUGCGAACGGCACGCAGCAACAGGACCAGCAGCCUGCACCUGACGACUACACCCCUGAGGCAUAUGCACCGGAAAAUGAACCACGCGACGAAGACGCGGGGCCGUCUGAGGUCGAAAUAAAGGAAUAUAUGAAGGGUGAUCAUGCCAUCGCAGCUCGGCAGAGAUCCGUGCCCGAGGAAGUAACGGAGGAACUGUUUUGGCGGCGGUUCCCCGCCCGUGUCAGCCACAUGGUGGAACGGGAAGAACAAGUCUAUGUACACGCCAGCAAAAUAAGCGCAACGGCGAAGGCCGUAUAUGACUCAGAAGGCGAGGAGGACAUAUCGUGGGAAGAUCUUGGCAACGAUAACGAGGGGCUUUCGUCAGAGGCUGCAGCCUCUUGA